UUUUGUAUUUCCAUAAUGUAUUUUAUUUCCAGCAGAUGGACACACAAGCAGGAAUAUCUCAGAAGGACAUCUAAUGUUAUCCCCGGAUUGUGACAUAAAAGAUAAUGACAGUAGACAGGAUUCUCCAGGAAAUAAUCCCAUUACCCCAAUUAUACAUCCAGCUCUAUCAGCUGAUCCCUCUGAUCCUGGGAAAUGUUCUCCUGAUCACUCUGAUAUUGGUGCAUCUGUUACAGCUCUGACAGUAGAUACAGUGUUUCCAUGUUCUAUAGAUGCCAAAUGUUUUACACAGAACACAAAGCUUAUUACCCAUCAGCCAGCUAAGGCAGCUGAGAGGCAAUUUCCAUGUUCUGAGUGUGGAAAAUGUUUUACAUACAAAUCAGCUCUUGUUAGACAUCAGAGAAGUCACACAGGUGAGAGGACAUUUCCAUGUUCUGACUGUGGAAAAUGUUUUACUUGGAAAUCAUGUCUUGUUACACAUCAGCAAAGUCACACAGGUGAGAAGCCAUUUCCAUGUUCUGAGUGUGGGAAAUGUUUUGGCCGGAAAUCACAACUUGUUAGACAUCAGAGAACUCACACAGGUGAGAGGCCAUUUCCAUGUUCUGACUGUGGAAAAUGUUUUACUUGGAGAUCAAGUCUUGUUACACAUCAGCAAAGUCACACAGGUGAGAAGCCAUUUCCAUGUUCUGAGUGUGGGAAAUGUUUUGCCCGGAAAUCACAUCUUGUUAUACAUCAGAGAAGUCACACAGGGGAGAAGCCAUUUCCAUGUUCUGAGUGUGGGAAAUGUUUUGCAGGCAAACCAGAGCUUGUUAGACAUCAGAGAAGUCACACAGGUGAGAAGCCAUUUCCAUGUUCUGAGUGUGGGAAAUGUUUUGCAGACAAACCAGAGCUUGUUAGACAUCAGAGAAGUCACACAGGUGAGAAGCCAUUUUCUUGCUCUGAGUGUGAGAAAUGUUUUUCACAGAAAUCACAUCUUGUUGAUCAUCAGCGAAGUCACACAGGUGAGAAGCCAUUUCCAUGUCCUGAGUGUGGGAAAUGUUUUGCAGACAAAUUACAUCUUGUUAGACAUCAGAGAAGUCACACAGGUGAGAAGCCAUUUUCUUGCUCUGAGUGUGGGAAAUGUUUUGCCCAGAAAUCACAACUUGUUAGACAUCAGCUAAGUCACACAGGUGAGAGGCCAUUUCCAUGUUCUGAGUGUGGGAAAUGUUUUGCCCUGAAAUCAGAUCUUGUUAAACAUCAGAGAAGUCACACAGGUGAGAAGCCAUAUUCUUGCUCUGAGUGUGGGAAAUGUUUUACACAGAACUCAUAUCUUGUUAUACAUCACAGAAGUCACACAGGUGAGAAGCCAUUUCCAUGUUCUGAGUGUGGGAAAUGUUUUGCAGACAAAUUACAUCUUGUUAUACAUCAGAGAAGUCACACAGGUGAGAAGCCAUUUUCUUGCUCUGAGUGUGGGAAAUGUUUUGACCGGAAAUCACAACUUGUUAGACAUCAGCUAAGUCACACAGGUGAGAGGCCAUUUCCAUGUUCUGAGUGUGGGAAAUGUUUUGCCCUGAAAUCAGAUCUUGUUAAACAUCAGAGAAGUCACACAGGUGAGAAGCCAUAUUCUUGCUCUGAGUGUGGGAAAUGUUUUACACAGAACUCAUAUCUUGUUAUACAUCACAGAAGUCACACAGGUGAGAAGCCAUUUCCAUGUUCUGAGUGUGGGAAAUGUUUUAGACAGAAAUCACAUCUUGUUACACACCAGAGAAAUCACACAGGUGAGAAGCCAUUUUAAUCUUCUGGAGUAUACUUAUUAUUGCCAUGCGUUGUUCUUCAAGGUUCUUAUCCUAUGUCCUGUGCUUUUUGCAAUAUACAUGCAACCACUGGGUGAAAUAAUCGGCUGUCAUGCCCUCAUCUACCACUGCUAUGCAGAUGGUCUGUCUUUUGUUCUGGGUACUGAGAACCCAGUACCAAUCCUAAAUGUCUAGCUGAGCUCCAGGUGUGGGUGAUGCCAGUUGGCUGUGACUCAGUCCUGGUGAAACAGGUCUUUAUGAUAGAAGCUCACCAACAAAGGACAGGGCUACAGCUCAGCUUUGUUACCAACCAGACUUACGCUUGGGGGUUCAGGUUUACAUAAUGCUGAUCCUGUGCAGAAUCUUGGUGUCCUGGAUGGUGGAGUGACACUUAGACAUCAGGUAUCAGCCACACUCAGAUCCUCAUCUGAGGAACAUAGUCAGACUCCAGCACUUUAUUCCCUCAGAAAAUCUACCUACAGUCAUACAUGCACUUGUAUCAUCACACAUAGACUACUGCAAUGUCCUCUACCUGGGUCUCCCAGCAAAAGAAUUGCACCGCUUGUAGUUUGUACAGAAUACAGCAGCCUGGCUGUUACCUAACCAGCCCGUUCCUGCCACAUAACACCCAUUCUCUGCUCCCUUCACCGGCUCCCUGUAAGAUGGUGACUCUGGGCCUAAUUCAGGUUGGACUACAGUGUGUGAUCCAAACUGAAUUAUUGAGAAAAACUUGCGGACGCAUGCGCAGCGCCCGUCCUGCGUAUGCACCUGCAUUCUCUACAGGGGGCUGUAGGAAAUGUGAUUGCUUCUUGUUAAUCAGGUAGAGGCUGUCACGGGGUGGGGGGUAAAGCUCCAUUUCCAGUGAGAAGAUGUAGCGUUACAAGUGCGGUGUUGCGAGAAAGGGAGGCGGACAAACGGUCAUGUUCACUGUGGCUGCAUGACAUCACACGCAGCCAUCGCAAUCUAGAAGAACGCGUUGGGGAUCCUGCAGGCACAGCUAAGCUGGCAGGAUGCUUCACUAGUUUCUAAGAUGAAGCAGAAAUUGUGGAGCGAUCGCAAUUUCUGCUUCAUAAAGGGGGGAGGCGCCGGUCAGCAUACUAGGCUGCCUCGCCCUGCGAUGGGCAGCCCCCAGCACGCUAGAAAAAGGAUUGCUAAUUAGCAGCAUCUGCUAUCCUUACUGACUUACUGUAGGCCCCUAUUACAGAAUCUUACUGACUCUC